AUGGCUGCAUUUUCUCAUCUUCUCUCUCCGGUCACCAUUGGCUCCGUGCCACUUCGCAAUCGACUCGUAAUGAGUGCUCUGACGAGAGAUCGUAGUGCUCCUACGAACGUCCCGAAUGACCUGAAUGUUGAAUACUACAAGCAGCGUGCUGAAGGCGGGGCAGGUCUUAUUGUGACGGAAGGAACAUUAAUCUCACAGCAAGGUACUGAAUGGCCGAACGCUCCAGGAAUCUGGUCAAAAGAGCAUGUCAGUGCCUGGAAGAAGGUUACUGACGCUGUACAUAGUCAAGGUGGAAAGAUCUUCUGUCAGCUAUGGCAUCUUGGUCGCGUUAGUCAUCCGGACGCUCCGGAACAGAAAGCAAGUGGUCUUCCUGUCUAUGCGCCAUCGGCAGUUGCCGCUCGAGGUGGCAAGUUCAGAUACCUGCCAGGGACACCGGGAUAUGUCACUCCAACAGAGGUUCCUGACCCUACCAUUCUUAUCGAACAGUACAAGAAUGCUGCGGUCAAUGCGAAGGAAGCUGGCUUUGAUGGAGUUGAACUUCAUGCGGCGAACGGAUAUCUAGUCCAGCAAUUCCUUGACAACACAAUAAACUUCCGCGAGGACAAAUGGGGAGGCUCGACGGAAAACCGCUGCCGCUUUGGUCUGGAGGUCCUGAAGGUGCUAGUAGACGUUUGGGGCGCGGAUAAAGUCGGUGUGAAACUAAACCCUUGCGGUGGAUAUAACGAUGCCGGGAUGACGUUGGAAGAGACAAUAGAAACAUACUCGCAUUUUAUUAAGGAGUCAAACGCAAUUGGCCUCGCAUACGUAUGCCUUGCGCGUUAUGCUGCCAAGAUGGACGUCGAAUUUGACGGAAAGAAACGUGCUACGAGGCACGACGUUCUUGCCACAUACUCACCACUCUUUACGCAGUCCAAGCUACUUUUGAAUGCCGAUGUUUCUCCACAGGAGGCGGACCAGCUCAUUUCAGAAAAUAAGAUAGACGGAGCAGUUCUUGGAUGGCUCUGGAUCUCGAAUCCUGAUCUUGCACAUCGACUUGAGUCCGGUAAGGAACCGAACUAUAAUGUUGAUAUCCACACAUUGUAUGGCGCGUCGGCUGGACCGAAAGGAUAUACCGACUACCCGUUCGCCGCGUAG